GUACACGUCGAAGUGGCCACGCAGGCGCACCGAAUCAUAACACUGCAUAUGAAGUCGCUUUACUCAUUUUCCUGUCGCGCGGGUCUUACCGCCUUAUUUAUCGGUUCCAGUGGCAGGUGUAGCUAUAGUGGGUGAGAGGCCGAAGUUAGGGGACGAACAGCUGGGCACGGCUGUGAAAAUAUGGUCGCUGCGAGGGCUGACCAGCUGGAGUUAGCUUAGGCUAGCAAAUGGCUGCUCGGCUGGGAUGUCUGCCACUGUGAGAAAUGAUAAGACACGGAAAAGUAUUGAAGCAGAGGGAAACCUGAGCCGCCCCCCUCCCCAAACAAGCAUGUGACAAACGGGCUCCAGUGUGACCAAAGACUUGGUUGCAGCCAAAAUGCCUCGUCUGGAUGAAGUGGCCAACAUUGCCCUCAGGGUGCCCAGCAUUCUGGUUCUGGACCUGCUGUAUAAAUGUGACAUCGAGGGUCUGACUGAAAACCUCAAGGCUAAAAACGAGGACAUGCUCUUCAAAUACAAAUAUGUCAUCUGGAACAUGUUCUAUCUUGCUCACCUGACAAAUCUGGUCGUGUUAAUCCUGCCGCUGAGACACAUUAUUACGCUCUACCUCCAUAUCCUCGUUGCCCUCCUUCUGUACAUGGGGCAUCAGAUUUCCAAGGAUUAUGUUCGCGAGGAGGUGCAGCUGGGAUAUGAAGGAGCGGUCUAUUUCAAUUCUUUGGCCUUUAAUAGAUUCAUCUCUGCCUUGACUAGUCAGAUCAUCCUCAGCACGCUCUGUGCCUUCCUGAUGAAGACCAGAAAGGUGUGGCUGUUCUCCACUCACAUGCUCCCCCUGCUGGCCCGACUCUUCGCCGUCCCUAAUGCCGCCCUGCUGACCGUCAACACUUUCUCCUUGGGCCUGACGGUGGCAGGGAUCGGCCUGUUUCUCCUCGCCAACUUGUUUGUGCCAUAUCGCCUGGCGAGGGCCGCCUACUCACAGCUGCUUCACCUGGAGGUGAUGGAGCUGUACAGACUCCUGGCUUUGGGGAUCUCUCUGUGGAACCAGUUCGCUGUUCCGGCCCUCUUCAGUGUCUUCUGGUUCGUUCUGUUCGCCGUCCAGCUGUGCUCGGACGUCAUGUCCUCCAGCAGCUCCGUGACUUAUCAGGGAAUCAUGUUCUUUUUGCUCACUAGCGUGUCAGAAUGUUGCGGCACGCCAUACUCUCUGUUGGGCCUCACCUUCGUGGUGUCCUAUCUGGCUCUGGGACUUCUCAACCUGUGCAAGUUUUACCUGGGAGGUUACGCUGUGGUGCAGAACGAGAACGUCAUGCACAGAGGCGUGACAGAGGGAGUCACUCUGCUGCUGCUCGCCCUGCAGACAGGCCUGCUAGACAUGCAGGCGCUGCAGCGCACCUUCCUCCUCAGCAUCAUCCUCUUCAUUGUUCUGACUUCAACCCUGCAGUCCAUGAUAGAAAUAACAGAUCCCAUCAUUCUAGCCCUGGGCGCGUCACGCAAUAGAAGUGUGUGGAAGCACUUCCGUGGCCUCAGCAUGUGUCUGCUUCUGCUGGUUUUCCCGGUGUUCAUGGCUUAUAAAAUCUCCCAGUUUUUCCACAUGGACUUCUGGCUCCUCAUACUGGUUUCCAGCUGCAUGCUAACCUCCCUCCAGGUCACAGGCACCAUGCUGGUCUACUGCCUCUUCAUGGUGGAGCUGUUCCGCAGCGACCCGAUCGAGAGCCUGGACGAGGUCAUCUACUGGGUGAACGCCAUCAGCAGGGUGCUGGAGUUCCUGGUGGCGCUGUGCGUGGUGGCCUACGGCACCUGGGAGUCGCUGUUCGGCGAGUGGAGCUGGAUGGGCGCCUCCGUCAUCAUCAUCCACUCGUACUUCAACGUGUGGCUCCGAGCCCAGUCCGGCUGGAAGAGCUUCCUGCUCCGGCGGGAAGCGGCGAAAAAGAUCAACUCCCUGCCCAGAGCCACGGCGGAGCAGCUGGACCAGCACAACGACGUCUGCUCCAUCUGCUUCCAGGUGUGUCACUCGUUCCACAAGGGGUGAUUGCUGCAGUGCCGAU